GGGAGAAAUCGCGUUUUGAAUUCCUGCCGCUGCUCCGACCUGCUGGGAAUCUCUGCCCUGAAUUCCAGAGGCGCUGGGAGUUCCUGUGGAAACAAAAACGGAGCGAAGUGUGCCAGGACAGCGUUACCUGGGGGAAAAAACACGGAUUUUCGCUGUUACCUGGGGAAAAACACGGAUUUUCCCUGUUACCUGGGGGGAAACAUGGAUUCUCACUGUUUGAGCGUGAAAGCAAACAAGCCCUGGGGAUAAACUUUGAAUUUCUGCUGGUGGGAGGUUUUUGGGCUGCUCUGUGUGUGAUUUCAGUAGAAAUUGCAGGACUUUGGUUGUUUUUUGUGUUUUUUGGCCGGCGAUUCUCCGUUCUGUGCUCUCGUGUUUGUGCUGGUUUGGGGUUUAUCUGGGUGUUUAAACGUGUGAGUGGCACAUCCCGGGGUGUUUCACAGGGAUUUGUGUGCGGGGAUAAAUCCAGAAUAAAUCAAUGUACAGAGGCCAUCCCGUGCGAAGCCACAGAGCGAAACGAGCAACAGGGAAAAAAAAAAAAAAAGGCCCUGCCACCCUCAAAACUCCUCAAAAAUCAAAAUUUGCCGAGGCUGCGCAGGGUGAAAUCUGCUGGCAGCAUCUGUUCCCCCCCGUUCGGCGGGGACCCUAUUCAUGUCAGGAGCCUUUCAGGCCCCAAGAUGGAUUCCUGGCACUAUUAUUGUGUUUUUUCUGCUAACCUUUCAGGUCAGCUCCCACCCGACAGCUGGAGAGGGGCCGUCACGUGGCCUCGGGGUGCCAAUGUUCUGCCAUAGGGGUGUCAGGACCCUGGUAGGCACAAAAACGCUCGCGGAAGAUGCAGAAGGCCUCGUACUACGACAGCUCCACGCUCUUCGGGGGUUACUCCUACGGCAAUGGAUUCGGCUACGAGGGCGCCCAGCCGCCUUUCCAGGCCUCUUCCCACGUGGAGAGCGACUUCCAGAGGUCCUCCUGCUCCCUGCAGUCCCACGGCAAAAAUAAGGAGCUCAACGGGAGCUGCAUGCGGCCCGCGGAGCCGCCGGCGUCGCCCAACGCCGCCAACGCCGACGGCGCCGCGGGCCAGGCCGGAGCGGGGAAAAACACCCCCGGGAAAGGCGGCCUGGGCGCCGGCGCCAGCAUCUCCAAGCAGAUCUUCCCCUGGAUGAAGGAGUCGAGGCAGAACUCCAAGCAGAAGAACGGCUCGCCCAGCGCAGAGACCUGCGGCGGCGGCGGCGAGAAAAGCCCCCCGGGCUCGUCGGCCUCCAAGAGGGCGCGCACGGCCUACACCAGCGCCCAGCUGGUGGAGCUGGAGAAGGAAUUCCACUUCAACCGCUACCUGUGCCGGCCACGGCGCGUGGAGAUGGCCAACCUGCUGAACCUCAGCGAGCGCCAGAUCAAGAUCUGGUUCCAGAACAGGAGGAUGAAGUACAAAAAGGAUCAGAAAUCCAAAGGCAUGGGCGGCUCUUCCUCCGGCGGGCCUUCCCCGGCGGGCAGCCCCCCGCAGCCCAUGCAGGCCUCGGCGGGGUUCCUCAACGCCUUGCACCCCAUGAGCGGCGCCUACGAGGCGCCGUCGCCGCCUUCCUUCAGCAAACCCCACCAAAACGCCUACGCCGUGGCCGCCCCCGGCUACCAAGCGGCCCUGAAGGGUUGCCCGAGCCAGCAGAAAUACGGCGGGCCCGCGGCGGCGGCCGAGUACGAGCCGCACGUGCUGCAGGCCAACGGCGUGGCCUACGGCACGGCCGGCAUGCAGGGCAGCCCCGCGUACGUCGGAGGGAACUUUGUGGAUUCUCUGCCCGCCUCGGGCCCGGCCCUUUACGGCCUCAACCACCUGGGCCACCACCAGGCCGCCGGCAUGGACUACGGAGGGGCGGCCCCGGGGCAGCCCCACGGACCGUGCGAGAGCCACGCCACCUACACGGAGCUCUCGUCGCACCACGCGACUUCUCAGGGCAGAAUCCAAGAGGCGCCCAAGCUCACCCACCUGUGAGAGGCGGAGCUGUUUUGGGGAGAAAAAGGGCGGUUUGGGUUUCAGGGAUGCUUGCGUUGGGUUUUUUCCCGGCCUCGUUGGUUUUGGCGGGGUUAUCGCGCUCGGGGUUUUGGGGUUUGUUGUGAGCACAAAAUCCAAGCGGUUUUGGUGGCUUUGGGAGGGAGGAACCUCCUGGGGUUUGGCACAAAUUCUUCUGAAAAGGGCUCGGGGUGGUUUCAUGGGAAUUCUGCAAGGUUUGAGUGGCCAAGUCCAUCGUUUCCAAGCCACGUCUGCAUCUUCACCAGUAAUUCCCAGAUGCCGGGAAGGAGAAGAGUCCUCCAGCCAAGUUUUGGGGUAUCUGCAUCCAAGAAACCCCAAAGAGAUGCACCAGGAAGUUCCCCCCACUUUGAGUCCUUCUCCAGAUCCUCUGUGCGUUCCUUCCCAGCCCUCGGAGGAAGGGUUGUCCCUUUCCAGCGGAAAAAGGAAAAACCCAAUUUCCCGCUGGAAAAAGGAAAAACCCAAUUUCCCGCUGGAAAAAGGAGAAACCCAAUUUCCCGCUGGAAAAAGGAGAAAUCCACUUUCCCACGGCGUACCUUCCCACCAAACCCCCAAACCUGCAAAUCCCCACAGCGGCCAACGCCCGGGAGCCACGCUCGUCCCUCCAGGCCCCGCUCCCCCUCUCCAAAACAACACAAAAUAAAUUUAAAAAUUCGGCAUAAGAGAGGUCGAACCCCACAAAGGGUCGAGGAAAUUGUUGGGAACGCCUAAAUCCCCCUUUUCUCCCCCCACCCCAAAUUCCCAAAGAGAGGAAGAAAGAGUUGCCAGGUUCUGAAUAUUUCCCUUCCUUCGCCCUCUGCUGAGGUGAAAUCUCAAUUUCUCCAUUUGGGGAGGGUUUCUCUUUUUUGGGGGGGCGUUUUUUAGGGCUGACGAGCAGCAAAAAAAGCAAUUGGGGAAAUCCUGAGCUUCUUUCCUCCUCUCCUUUGAGCUGACGUGAAAACAGGGUAUAUUUGAGCAGAGGGAAUGUCCUCCCACGGAAGCAGAAGCCAAGGGAUCCUGGGAUCUGCUGACGCUUUCCUGCCUGGACAUCUUUGUUGCACUUAGAGUUUACAUAUAAUGGGUAUUAAAAAUUAAUAAUAAUAAAUAAAAGCAACUUUGAAGGGCUCUCAGCUCCGUCGAGGCGCCCUUCAGUUAGGUGUGUGUUCUGGUGAACAUUCAUAUAUAUUUAUUUGUUAUAGCCAGUUGAAAAUAUUUUCCUUUUUUUUUCUUUUUUUUGUAUUAUUUAUCCUCCCCAGACCAUGUAUUUAUAUGAGGGAAAAGCAACGAAAAAAAAAAGAAAAUGACAAAAAUAAGAAUCAAACGGUACUUUUUUAGUAUUUCCUUCAAAAAAAAAAAAAAAGGCAGAAAAAAAGUAAAAAAAAAUUUAAAAAAAAAGGACAUUGUGUUCCCCUUGUCACUGUACCACGAGCUCCUUUUAGUUAUUGUAAUUUAGGGAGAAGCAGUAGUUUUCUGUUACCUUGGUACUUAUGAAUAAUGUAAUUAGUUCUACUGGAGGCAUGAGAGCAGAAGCAGCCUGUAAUUGUUUCGUCCUGAAUUAGAAGAAUUUCAUCGCGGCUCCCUCCCUCCCUCCGUGCGCCCCUCCUCUCCUCUCUUUGUUCUUACAGUAGUUCUUUUCUUCCCUCGCUUCGAGGGCUGCCUGCUCAACAAUUCCCGAAUAAACUUGCUGGUCUCCGUUUCAUCUCGUGCUGUCCCUCGGCCUCGGAGGGGAAGAGAAAAGGAUUUCAAAGGGGGAAAAUAAAAUUGGUGAGGUGGGGAGGAAGGAGAGGGAUGGAGAGCGGAGCCCGCUUUGGGGUGAAAUCCUGCGAAUUCGGGCCCACAAAGAGGGAUCACGUGGAGCCGGGGCCGGGCUGCCAUUGGAGAGGGAAUGAAAACAAAGGAAAAGGAUUAAUCACGGGAAAUAAUAAAUAAAAACCAGGAGAGGGAAAAGUGAAAGAGAGGAGGAAACGGAAAAACGGCCCAGAGUUUCCAUGCGGGGCCUUGGGAAGCGACGAGCGAUGAAAUCCCUAUUUUCUGUGUUUUUUAAUUGAGUAUUAAAUGAUUGAAUUCUGGCGAAAACAAUUGAGUUCUGGCUAAAACAACGGAAUUAUUUCUGAAACGGGAGCGUGCGCCCAGCCGCACCUCCCCGGGCACCCCGAAUUUGGGGUAAAAGAGGCAAAAAUCCCCCCAGAAAAGGCGAAAGGGAAAGGCGAGAACAAACCUGGGCCGGCAGCGAAAGCAGGCGGAGAACGCCGUGGAUAAUUCGCUUUUUAUGCUCUAAAGCCCUAAGAAAACUCCCAUUAAA